AUGUGGCUUUUCUCGAUAUUUCUCCUCUCAUUCGCGAUUUUUCUCAACGCUUUCACCGUCGUUCCGUACAUUCAAAUCGAUUUCGCUCACUAUUUUCGAUUGGCACAAUGUCAAGCAAAAUGCUCAGAAAAGUACGGAAUUUUGUCUAAAAAAGCUCUCAAUGACGGCUCGAUGGAAGAAUAUUUUAAUGUUAGCGAGGAGGAAGCGAAAUUUUGUGAAAUGGGUUGUCAACAGAAUCGUCGCAGUAAAAAGUUAAACAAAGAAGCAAAAGAGGCACUGAUCGACGGGAUUCGAUUCUGGGGUGAAUCGGCGGCGAAUUCUUCAAAAGUUGGCUCAAAUCCGCUUGCAUCAGUGCAACUUCUUUGCCAAACGUCAGCCUCAAUCGAGUCAGAUUUCGAUGAAUCAAUUACAGGUCGAUUAGGUCUUGUUGUGAAACGUGGUGCUAUCGCGCCGACUCGUUACAUCAUUCAGUGGCGACAACGAACGUUUACAAUGGGUUUUUACGAUGAAACGCAAUGGAUUACAGCAUCGAUUGAACACUCGACUCUCGUUUUUAUUGAUGGAAUGAUUCCUGGCGUUCAAUAUCGUUUCCAAGUCACCGCUGUUGGACCAACCGGAAAAUUGGGCGAUGUUGUGAUGAGCGAUUGGACGGAGGCGAUUUCACUCAAAGAACAAUCAAAAGCUUUAGUGCAAGCCUUAUCAACGAAGAAUGGAUAUGAUACGGAGCACGGAGUGAACUCGUUGAUCACCUGGACGAGAAGCGCUGAUCAGAGUUGUGCUUACAAAGUCACUUACAGCAAUUCCACUCAUACAACAAUGAGAGACAUCGAAAUGGACAUUUCACUGGGAAUUCUCUUGACAAAUCUCGAGUUUGGUUCAGAAUACGAGGUUGAGAUCUCAACUCUUGGCUUCAAGUCCAACGAUUUAUCAAAUCGAAAAGCCUCAACACCAAUUUCUACCCAUUUUACUUCAUUCACUUGUGCUCAAGUGCAUGGACGCGGAUCGCUGCAAUGUCCUCCCGAGCCAGUUGACGAGUUCAAAGUGGCCGUGCACUCAAAUGGAUCAAUUGGAAUCUCGUGGAAACCGUCGGCUGACAUUGAGAACAUUCUCUCGUAUCGAAUCGAGUACUAUUCGACGGAGGAAUUCGACAAAUGCGACACAAUGUCAAAGAGUGUUUUCUUGAAACCGCCAACAACAGAAGCUCAAAUCAAUGUGGAUCCCGGGUGUGAGUAUGUCUUAAAAAUGACAAAUUACGAUCUAAUCGGACGGGAGGCGUUUAUCGAGCGAAUCUUUGACGUGAAUGUGGAAAGAUCAAUGAUCCCAAUCAAUUGGAAAACGAUUUCGAUCACUGUUUCAAUUCUCGUGAUUCUUUUUCUUUUUUGUUUACUUCGAUGCACUUUAUCGCCACGUUGUAAACAAAAAGUGAAUGAAAAAAAGCACAAACUUGUGUCCGAUUUCUCU